UUAAAAUUUAAAAGAAACAAAAAGACCAGAAAACCUUCAGUAGUUCUUAAGUCGGCUGUUCGGAAUUAGAAGUUGGUUCUUGGCGGGGAAAAUGGAGGAGCCGCAAGAACCAGGCGUAGGAGCUCCUUUUUCGUUUCCUCCUCAUCGCCGAUCGCAUCUCAGGAGUGGAACUUACCGUAAUCUUGUUCGACUUAUAUCAAUUUGCUACGGCGAUUCUCCACUAGCCACUGCCCCUCCCAUUAUCCCCCUUCCACAAACACCUGAUAAUGGCUGUAACCGACAUGAACCAUGUGGAGAUGAUGUCAGAGAGCCUGGCGAAUUGAUUGUCUCACAUAGUAAGGAGCCCGCAAAUAUGGCGGCUCAGGAAGGAAAUGUGGUUAAUGGAGGUUCUGAAGAAGCUGUUUUCCAGGACAAGGAAUUUAAAGACACACAAAUGGUAAUAGAUGAAAUUGAGCAGAUAAUGGGAAUGGAAGAAGGUCAGGAUUUAUUGAGUCAAAAUGGUAUGAUGGUUGAUAGUAGCAUGGAAGGCAACGGUGUUCGUGAUGGAGAGAUCGGUCGUGAACUAAUGCUUAUGGCUGAUUUGGAAAAUAUUAUGAAAAGCAAUGAAGAUUGUGAUAAGAUUAGUAACUGCUUGACUGCAGCAUUGGGCAGGAAUCAGGGUGAUAGUUGCACAGGUAUAUUGUUGAAUAGUCAAGAAAAAUCUAAUGAUUGUCCACCUUUUGUUAUGGAGGAAACUGGAGCGGUUGCUAAGCCACAAGUAGACAUGAAGGAUGGUAAUCAAAAGAUUAUUGAUGCCUUUGGGUUUUCUUUGGAUAAGGGUUCAACAGCUGAAGUAUUAAAUUCAAAUGAAAAGGUCAACGACCAAAGUUGCUUGUUGGAGACUAACUUAAUGCAUGAGAAAAUUGAAAUUCAGCAAAAGGAGAUGGACUUGGAGAACUUUGUUUGCUCUAAUGAGGGAGUAUGUUCUCCUGGUCAGAUGGUUGAAGAUGGAGAGCUUGAAGAGGGAGAAAUUUUUGGUGACAUUCAGCUUCUCAAUGAGUCAUUUGAUAUGCUCUUAGAUGAUGCUGUGGUAUCAGAAAAAAUUGUAGAGGAGAAACAAGUUUCCAAAGGCAUCUUUGAGGAUAAACAUCUUCAUUGCAAUGAAGAAAACACAUCUACUGAUAGAACUUAUGAGUUUACUUCGUUUAACAGAAAUAUUUCUCCAGUUGCAAAUAAAGUUACACCUAGAGAGCUUGAAGGAAGUGAGACAAAUCGUUUGGUGAAUGAACUUGGAAUGAUGCAAACAAAGGAAGGUAGUGGAAAGAUUCAAAAGCAAGUUGGAAGCAAAAAUCAAGUUAGUAAAUCUAAAACGAAGAUAGAUGUUGGCCUCAACAAGAAGAAAAAGCAGUGUCUGACUCCUGCAGAGAAGAACGAAAAGAAAAAGAGAAAUAAACGAAAGAAGCGAGCAGAGAAAAACCGGCAGCUUGGUGUUAAAAGGUUGAAGCUGCAGACAGUUCUGAAACCAAAGCCUGUAUCUUAUUGCCGUCAUUAUCUGAAGGGAAGAUGUCAUGAGGGCGAGAAGUGCAAAUUCUCACAUGACACAGUGCCUUUGACAAAAUCUCAGCCUUGCAGUCAUUUUGCACGUAACUCAUGCAUGAAAGGAGAUGACUGCCCAUUUGAUCACCUUCUCUUCAAGUAUCCCUGUAUCAAUUAUAUGACUAAAGGUUCCUGCAGCAGGGGUGAUGAUUGCUUGUUUUCACACAAGAUGCCAGUGGAGGGAGAUGUUGCAUCUUUUUCAACAGCUCCUGAACUUCAUCUGAAGCCAUCAUCACAGAGUGAUUCAGAUAUGAGACUGAGUGUCAGCAGAGCUUCACAUAAGGAUGCUGAUGCUUCAUCCUAUUCUGUAAGAUCUUUUCCUGACAAAAGCAAAAGAAAAUUUGUGGCAGAUACUCCCAGUAGAACACCUGAUAUUGCAUGCAAAGGUGAAUCAAUUAAAGUUAACCAAGGCAGCUCUUCUCAAAAGAUGAAUGAAAGUGGCGGAGUUGGGUAUCAAAGUAACCAAAGGAUGUUAGGUGUCAACUGUCCUUUUGCAUCAAGGCCAUCUGCUGCAGAAUCAAGUAAGUUUAGCCUAGGUAGCUCAUUUAUGAAGAUAAGUGAAAGUGGCAGACUUGGGAUUCAAGCCAACCGAAGUGAAUCCCACACAAUUCAGAAUGUGGAUGCUGCUAGUCCAAAGAAGAAGCCAGAAGUGGUACCAAGGGGUAUAAAUUUUCUAUCAUUUGGAAAAUCUUCAUUAGAAGAUUCCACUAGCAAUGUUAGUCUACUGUUAAAUAGGGCAUAUGGGUAUAAGCAACUACCGAGUGAUAAUGAAGGUCAUAGUGGUAAAUUCAGCAACCAGACUACCCAAAGUAAAUCAAGUACAGAUCAAAAGAAAACUCAUCCAGCAGAACUGCCACUGGGAAUAAAUCUCACCGUGGGAAGACCCGUUUACUCUGGAAAUUAUACACCUGCUAGCUUGCCUUGCUGUUCGGAUAAUAUUAACAAUGGAUCUCUUGCGAUGAUUAAUUAUGUUGAUGAUAAGCAGAAUAACUCAAGUGCAAUGUCAUAUAAGUUGCCAGUUUCUUCACAAACUUCAGGCCAAUCCUCAGAGUGUUUAGCGCUUAAAAGCACACCAAAUUCAGCUCGGGAAGCACUUGUUUCUACUCUGGCAAUGGUGAAAAAGAUUGAUAUUGUCGAGGGUAAAUCUGUUCAUGAAAGUCGACCGUUGUCUGACAAACAAUACAACUCCACUGCAAACCCAUGGAAGAUGCCAGCUUCGCUGCUCACUGCAGGUCAAUCUCCAGAGAAUAUAACACCUAAAGCCACACCAAAUUCGUCUCAGAAAGCACUGAUGUCUACUUUAGCAUUUGCGAAAAUGUUCGAGUCUGGAAUGAAGAAAAAUCAUUCUGCGAUUCGAGCAUCAGUUCAUAGUGAAACUGGGGAUAACAAAACUGGUGAAGGAUCAAAAACUGGCACAGCAAAAACUUCAAUGCUUUUGGACAUUUUGUCUAGUAGUAGCAACAAAAUAAAGCAACAGUAAUUACGCAUUUUACAAUGGUUAAUAAGGCAGAAGCAUUUGAAAAUGGGUUGACUUUAGGGGUUAUGGUGGGUGAUGGAUAUUUCUCAAUUGAUUACCCAUCAUGGACAUUCAUUUCAGUUACAUGCAGCACCAGCAAGGAGGUGAAACAAAUACCAAGUUUCAUUAGUUUCUGCCGUCACUUAACAGGAACUGUUGUGCGAAUAAUCCAUGGCAUUGGCAGGUUAUCAUCAGCGCUGACUUUGCCAAUUUAUGGAGGUACACUUUUAACGAGGCUAAUUACGGUGCAAAGCAGUCUUAAGAAUCUCAAAAAUUUUAUUAAUCAGAGGUUGGGUAAAAUAUCUACAGUGAUCGUUUAGCUGAUAUCGAGUAAACUAACCUGUCCAUUCUGAAGGAAAACAAUGAGAGUUGCAGAUGUGCACUGGGGGAUCUCUUAUUUGUGAACAUUCUUUGCACUGGGGGAUCAUUUAGUUUGAUUUGUUUGUCGGCCUUAAGCAAGUGGUGUGCAGGUUCUCAAGACCUUUGCAUUUUCGGACUACCAGUUUGAACGAGAAGAAGUAUCAUUGAUGAGCUUUGAGAGUACAGAUCUCGUACA